AUGACGGCUGGAGAAUCAGUGAAGGUGGCGGACGCCAGACUGGCUACGCGGGAAGAGAUGUCGAAUGCUCGUCUUCCGAUCGCCUACAGAGACAGCUGCGCACACCUGUUGAUACCGCUGAACCGAUGCCGAUAUGAUGAGUACUAUCUUCCGUGGAAGUGCGAGAACGAACGACACAGCUACGAGAAAUGCCAGUACGAAGAGUUCAAGAAGCGAGUAGCGAAGAUGGACGAGCUGCGGGCGGCCAAGGACGGCGCACGAAGCAACUAG